AUGUCCGCCUCAGGCCAGACGAUCGAGAAGAAGCCCGUCAAGUUUAGCAAUUUGCUACUUGGCGCUGGCCUGAACCUGUUCGAGGUCACCACCCUCGGCCAGCCGUUGGAAGUCGUCAAGACUACAAUGGCCGCUAACCGGUCAGAUACCUUUGGCGGAGCCAUGGGUCGUAUCUGGGGCCGUGGUGGCAUCCUUGGAUACUACCAAGGUCUCAUUCCCUGGGCCUGGAUCGAGGCCUCCACCAAGGGCGCUGUCCUUCUCUUCGUGGCUUCGGAAGCAGAGUACUACGCCAAAACUUUCGGCGCCAAUGACUUCAUCGGUGGAAUCAGCGGUGGUAUGGCCGGUGGUAUUGCGCAGGCCUACGCUACCAUGGGUUUCUGCACAUGCAUGAAGACAGUCGAAAUUACCAAGUCCAAGAUGGCUGCUGCUGGUGUCAAACCCCCAAGCACCUUCGCUACAUUCAUGGACAUCUACCGCCGCGAAGGUAUUCGCGGAAUCAACAAGGGUGUCAACGCCGUUGCCAUUCGACAGACUACCAACUGGGGUUCUCGAUUCGGUCUCUCCCGUCUUGCUGAAAUUGGUAUCAGAAAGGUAACCAACAAGGAGGACGGCCAGAAACUCAAUGGCCUCGAGAAGGUUGCUGCCAGUACCAUUGGUGGUGGUUUGUCGGCCUGGAACCAGCCUAUUGAGGUCAUCCGUGUCGAAAUGCAGAGCAAGACCGUUGACCCUAACCGACCUAAGAACUUGACUGUCGGCAAGGCAUUUAACUAUAUUUAUAGCCAGAACGGCAUCAAGGGUCUUUACAGGGGUGUCACUCCUCGUAUUGGUCUUGGUAUCUGGCAGACCGUCUGCAUGGUUGCUCUCGGAGAUAUGGCCAAGGAAGCUGUUGAGAAACUAACAGGAGACACGGUCACUGCUAAACACUAA